GUUAUUCUUUUCUUUAUUGAAGUAAAUAACGAAAGAAACGCGCAACAUCCUUUGACCACUUAGUUUGACCAUUAAUAUAGUCAAAGCGCAACAUCAGAUAGAAUUGGCCAGCAUGCUGGUUAGAGCGUCUUGCUAAAAUAAAACGUUGAGUACGCCAGCCUGACUGACCUACUACUACUAUAAUAUGUUCUGUGACUGUAACAAGAUAAAAAUUACAUUACGAUUGUAUUAUUUUCCAUUCAAAAACACUUGAAUAUCGUAGAUACUGUAUUAUCAAUAGUCUUUAAUUUAGAUAUCGCCGUACCCAUUAAGAAUUUGUGACGAAGUUCCAAAUAUUAGAAAAGUUAUUAUUACGAUGUAAAUGUAUUAGUUUUUAGUUAUUAUGUAGUUAUGUGUUGUGUUAACAAAUAAAUGAUUUCUAUUCUAUUCUAUUCUAAAUAUUUAUGGGUGAAAUUCCAGCUUGCGUUAUAGAUGUGGGGACGGGUUACACCAAAUUGGGGUUCGCCGGCAACAGGGAGCCCCAGUUUAUCAUCCCGUCAGCCAUAGCAAUAAAGAAAACGGCUCAAGUCAGAGAUCCGAGUAUUAGCCGGAUGACUAAGGGCAUGGAUGAUUUAGAUUUCUUUAUCGGUGACGAAGCGUUCGAUGUUAAGGGAUACGCGGUGAAAUAUCCUAUCCGUGACAGUAUAGUUGAGGACUGGGACUUAAUGAAAUGUUAUAUAGAACAAUGCAUGUCCAAGUACUUACGCACCGAGCCCGAAAACCACCUCUUCUUGAUAACGGAGCCGCCGCUAAACACACCGGAGAACCGUGAAUAUCUUGCCGAGAUAAUGUUCGAGUCAUUUAAUGUGCCGGGUUUGUAUAUAGCAGCACAAGCGACCCUCGCCCUCAUUGGCACGAGGGCACAAUUAUUGCCUACACCGCAAUGCUUCACAGGGAUCGUAGUCGACAGCGGCGAUAGUGUAACUCACAUAGUGCCUAUCGCUGACGGCAGUGUCAUUGGUUCUUGCAUCAAACAGAUUCCCUUAGCAGGAAGAAAUAUUACAUCGUUCAUUCAAUCACUUUUACGUGACCGUGAAUUCGGAAUCCCACCAGAACCGAGUUUGGAAACUGCUAAAGCUAUUAAAGAAAGGUAUAGUUACAUUUGCAAAGAUAUUGCCAAGGAGUUUACAAAGUAUGAUUCUGAUCCUGCAAAGUGGAAGAAGAAUUAUACAGGAAUCAAUGCAAUCACAAAAAACCCAUUCUCGGUUGAUGUUGGGUAUGAAAGAUUCUUGGGGCCGGAGAUUUUCUUCCAUCCAGAAUUUUCCAAUGCAGAUUUCACAGUGCCUUUGAAUGAGGUGGUCGAUGAAGUUAUACAGAGCUGCCCCAUUGAUGUGCGGAGAGAAUUGUAUGGGAAUAUUGUUUUGUUUGGAGGAUCUACUAUGUUUAGGGACUUUGGAAGAAGGCUUCAACGGGACAUUAAGAAAACUGUUGAUGCCAGAUUAAAAUUGUCUACAAUGUUAUCAGAAGGGCGUAUUACACCGAAGCCUAUCGAUGUUCAAGUUAUAUCCCACAGUAGGCAGAGAUACGCUGUGUGGUUAGGCGGUAGUAUUAUGGGAUCAACCCCUGGGUUCUUGUACCAGGUGGGUCACAGUAAACAAGCGUACAUGGAGUAUGGGCCUAGCAUUUGCAGGUACAACGAGGCAAAUAUAUUUAUAGACAGCUAGUUUCGAACUAAUAGAGAUGGUCCAUUUUAGGCCAGAUCUAUGAACCUAUUAUACACUAGACUAUUGUCGGAAUUAUUCGAUUAGCUCUUGCGAGGCCAGGUGGCACGAGUUGUUUCCGUGAAGAGUCCCGCCUGAUCUUACU